CAAGUUCCCUACCUGGGUUGUACUCGUCCAAUCAUCUCCUUUCAGCAGGGUUGGAUGCCUUAAAGUACGGAGUACCAGCCCAGGGGACCGACGGUCAAUGCAUAAAAAGGCCACUGAACGAGACAAUCAUGGACAAAAGAAGAGGGGGAAAAAAACCAGUGUUUGACUCUUGUUGCCCAAAUAUCAACCCCCUGAUCUUUACAUCUUUACAUUUACAUCCAUUCAUCGUGUCCCCAACGAUGUCAACCACAUCCACAUCAGGCGGAACCCAAACUCAACGAGAUCCGUGGCAUGUCAUUGCUCGACGUAAACAAGACCAAAGAUCUCGUCUCGUCCCGAAAGAAUGGCUCAUCCCACGAGCCAAAUUGCAAGAAUACAACCUGGGCAGUCCUCGUGCGAAUGUGACUGACGUCCCCGUAACUUGUGGGAUCCUGACACCACGAGAACUCGAGAUCACUGGUGACCAUGACGCCGUGUCCCUACUCGACGCGCUCAGACGUGGUCCCGACGACAAGGGAUUUACCGCCACCGAAGUCGUCACGGCGUUUUGUAAACGUGCCGCCAUUGCCCAACAAGUGACAAACUGCUUGACGGAAAUCAUGUUCGCAUCGGCCAUCGAACGCGCGAGGGAUCUAGAAGCAGCUCGAGCAUCCGCACCCUCUUCGACGCCACUUCCACCGCUCUGGGGUCUCCCAAUCUCUCUGAAAGAUUGUUUUCAGAUUCCCGGCGUCGACUCGACCACGGGACUGAUCCACUUCGCCGGAAACCCAAGCACGACGUACUCGGCUUUACCGAAACUGCUUCUCGACCUCGGCGCAGUCUUUUACUGCAAGACCAACGUGCCUCAGACCAUGAUGACGGCCGACACGGACAACAACGUCUUUGGACGCACGCUGAACCCGCACAACGCCCGCCUCACCGCGGGCGGCAGCUCCGGCGGCGAGGGAGCCCUGGUCGCCAUGCACGGCAGCGUGCUAGGCAGCGGCACCGAUGUCGCGGGGAGCAUCCGCAUCCCGGCACACUGCUGCGGCGUGUACGGCUUCAAACCGUCCGAGCGUAUCGUGCCGUUCGCCGGACAAAGGAACCCCACGGCCCCGGGACACGCGGGCAUCUUGCCCGUCGCGGGGCCCUUGGCGACGAGCAUGCGCAGUUGUGAGUUGUUGAUGAAAACCGUCAUGACGCACGACCCGUGGAAGGUCGACGUGAAUUGCUUGCAUGUUCCGUGGCGAGGACUCGAGACGCCACCCCGCGCAGCAGCGGGUCUGAAGGUAGGUGUCGUCCAGGACGAAGGGUUGUUGACGCCCACUCCACCUAUCAGGCGGGCACUGGCCGAAGCGACGGAGAAACUGCGCGUCGCCGGUGUCGAACUGGUUCAUGUUGAAUUGCCAAAUGUCAUGAGAGAUAUCGGGACGGCGUGGACAUCUUAUUCUCUUGAAGGUUGCAAGACCGUCCGUGGUCACCUCUCCGCAGCAGACGAACCACUGGUCGAGUCGGUGAAACGUAUCGGUCUAAUGUCCAUGCCGUCCAAGUCCCUGGACGACCUAUUCGCAUGGACCGUCGCGCGCGAACAAGCCGAGACGGCGUACAGGGACAUGUGGCUCGAGAACAGACUCGACGCCAUCCUUGGUCCUCUGGCUCCACACACCGCACCCCCGAUCGAUUCGUGGUCGUCGGUGGCACUGGCAUUGUGGAACCUGGUCGACUACCCAUCCUGCAUCAUUCCGGUCGGAAAGGUCGACGAGACAUCGGAUGUCGUCGACCAGGCGGCAAAGUAUGGAGAAGACGACGAGAAACUGUACUCGAUGUUUCCCGGGCCCGAGGACUAUGCGAAUGCUCCCACCGCACUUCAACUCGUGGGAAUGAAGCAGGAGGACGAACGAUUGCUGCUGAUGGCGGGAAUAGUCGAUGACAUUUUGCAUUCUCGUUGA